AUGCUGUCCGUGCUACAAAGUGUGCUCACCCAAGAUGAGGCUCCCAAUGACGGCCACGAUCAACCGCGGAAUGACGACGCGGAUGAACAUUCCAGCACUGAACCUCACGGUCAAUUCGCCCAUGGACUUCCCACCCCUCCAACGAGCGUGCGAGCGCUACGACUGGAGGGUUCGGGGGUGGUGGAGUUGACGGCUGUCGAAGGCGAUAGUGGAAUCAGUGAAGUGAACGAAUGUAAGAUGGUGCCGAAAGAGGCCCAGCGACGGUCAGAUCAAGAUCACCUGCCGGUACUUUUGAGCUGGGGAUCACCGACGGAUGCAAUGGCCACAGGCUCGGACUUCAAACGCCCGGGGAAAACAUCGUUCCAGAAAACGUCGCACUCCCGCGUCAAGGAGCCAAAAUCGAGGCAAGUGGCGAGACACGACGGCCUUCUCACUGCCGCUAUGCUGCAGACCAUCGACCGCAUAGGGGAAGUGCAGGUGCUGGAAGGGCUGAGGGGCACGAUCGCCGAGCUGGAAGCUCGGGCGUGGCAGGAUAGAGACACCUUCAACGAACGUGGUGGUCAAAUCAUCCCGAAACAUCUGACGGAUCAACCCGACUCGAUGCGGAAAUUGUGGCUCCUGAAAGAAGAACUCGUCCUCACCGAGGCGAACGAGCAGAUAUAUCGACUCCGGAAAAGAUUGACUUUGGCGGAGUUCUCUCAUGCCUACGACGCGUGCGCCUUGCGAUAUAUGGGCAUGGAGGGCAGCGCCCCGCGCCCGCGGUCGAGACCAGGGCAACGGGUACCCAAGACGGCAAUUGGUCGCGAAGCUCGCAAUUCGCAACACAAACGAGCGGCCAUGGAUCAUUUCGUGAACCUUCUAUUCCCCGGCGCAUUACCAACCAGCAAGACGAAGAGAACGGCGCGGAAAGCAGGGACGGUGACCAGAUACGCCGCCGCCAGGAAGAUUCAAAACUGGAGGGCGGCAGGACAGCCGUGGGCAAACAUCAUCACGCGCUUUGGCAAAGGAAUGCUACUGUUGAUACCGGACGAAGUGUCGGACGCAUACAUGCGAACCAUGUCAAAAGCCACUCUAUCAGCUUUUCUUGAUCGUGUCGAGCGGCGAGUGGCGGGCUGGGAAAACUGGUUGCCGACAUUGACGCCCUUGGUCGACUCCAUCUGCAUCAACCAUGCCCUACCUCGCAACUGGCUCUCGGAAGAAUGCCCUUCGUGGCUCAACGAGGGUGGAAGGACCGAUGCACAAAUAUGGAAGACCGAUCCAGAUUCGCCGUCCGCUCUUGGCGAGGGAGGCACGGCACCUUGGAGUCCUCUGAGGCAAUCAGGCGGUGUCGACCAGCAAUGGACUGAACCUGGCUUGGUUUUCGACCCCCCCAUGGAUGCGAAUGAGUUGGGCCUGUACAUGGCUGAGUCAUCCUCGCAAUUCGCUCUAGCUCCCCACGAAACCGUUUGGGAGGCCCCUUACACCACCUUCCUGGCAUGUCUUGCCGGAGAGACAAAUUUGGCUCCUGACCUGUGUUCGGCCUUUACAUCCAUGCAUGAUGGCUUCCCGCUGCCACCGAAUGAAGUGACGGACGGUCUGGGCGUUGACAUCGACGCGUUCCUGGCGAAAUCUCCCAUAUUGCCAUCCCCGACCGCAGAUGCACCCCGCAAUGAUGCAUCAGAUCAAGCAUCCACGUCGGUGAAUCGUUCAUAUUGCGACUAUCACGACAGCCCCGCGACCUACGCUGGCAUGGAGUCCCGCAAUGCCAACUGCGAGGACGAGUUUUUCUUUUUCAACUUUCCAGAGGAUAGCGAGUGA